AUGUCGGCAAUCGAGAAUUUGGGGAUAGCCGUUAGACAGCUGCGCAACAGCAACGAUGCAGACUGUCAGUUGCUGGCAGCAGGGCUGUACGAUAAGCUUGCUUCUAUCACUUGUGCCUGUAGCCAGGAUGUCAACAAAGUCCUUCAGUCUGUGAAGUCUCUGUUUAAGAAGGCCAAUGAUUCGCCGCUUACCGAGAAGGAAUUAUCCGACCUGAAGGGAUUCUUGAAGAAGGAGGCCCAGGCAAGAAGGACGAAAGGGGAGAAUCAUCGUGACUCUGCCAAGGAUUUGAGACGAUUGGUUGUGGUAUUUGAUGCUUGCGUCGACCUUGAUCAGUUUAUUUCUUAG